CGAAGAGAAAUCGAGCGACCUGCGGUAAUGGACGCUCAAUUAUCGAGAGGGGGUUGGGGCUCGGGACUCGUCGUUGCCUAUACCACAAAGAGUUUUCUAAAUGCUGCAAUUUUCUCCAGUUAAAGUCAAUAGCGUAUGAUGCACGGGCUGGAAAAUAAUAACGAGGUUCCUCGCCACCGGUGUAGAAAGGGGAUCGUAGUGCAUGCUGUUCUUUUAUACCUCUCGCACAAAAAUAAUGGUGUCUAAAAGGAACAGAUAUCGCUCGGUAAACUUAACACGAUUUUACAUGAAAAUUGUGGGAUUGUGGGUACCCCGAAGCAUAUUCGAAAAAAAAUUAUUGAAUGUGGCCCUCGUUUAUGCUGUGGCGGCUAUUCUCUUUGCAAUCGCAGUCGAAGGCGUCGAUUUGUACUAUGUUCGAACUGAUUUUGACGGUGUCACGUAUAAUCUUUGCGCAACAAUGUUACUCCUGAAAAUCAUGAUAAAGUUUGCGAGCUUUGUGUACUACCGCGAUAUCGUGUACAACAUCAUCGAUUACGCUGAGCGAAAUUUUUGGGAAGUGGAUUACGAUGAGUACGGCACGAGCGUCUUAAAAGCCUGCGAUCGAAAGGGGGUAAUGCUUAUCUAUACUUUCACUCUAAUUGUCCAACUUGGCGCAAUCAAUUAUAUUUACACACCGAUUCUUGAAAACCGUGGAAGAAACGAAACCGACAGGAUGCUACCUUUCAAACUGUGGGUCGAUUUACCAGUAACAACCAGUCCUUAUUACGAGAUUAUUUAUACAAUCCAGUCUCUCUCGACGAUACACUCGGGAAUCUGCACUUUCUGCUUCGACAACUUUGUGUGCUGUUUCAACAUUCACGUUGCUGCUCAGAUAAAAAUAGUCGGCCACAAAUUUGAGGUUGUCGUUGACGAGUAUCUCGAAAACUUGAAAGACAAUAUUAAAUGUUUCAAAGACGGGAUGUUGGCGCGAGAUCUAUUCGCGACGUGCGUCCGUGAACAUCUGAAGCUCGUUCGGUACGUUGAAAAAAUGGAGCAGGCAUUCACCUGGAUACUCCUCGGUCAACUUUUACUCUCGAGUAUAAGCAUUUGUAUCGGGGGAUUCCGAUUUGCGACUUGUGACACUAUAAGAAUCAAAAUUUUCUUCUUCCCACAUUGUUUCGGAAAUAUAUUGCAAAUAUAUCUUUACACGUGGGCGUGCAAUGACAUUAGUUACGAGAGCAGUGGUUUGUCAGCAUGUGUUUACAACUCAAAGUGGUAUUUGUUACCCAACGAUGAAACUGGCAGGAUGAUCAGACACGGAGUUUUGAUGGUACUCGCCAGAGUACGUACACCAUUAUCUCUUACAGCAGGCAAAUUCGCUCCUGUUACUCUGGAAACAUUUAAGGAUUGUCAGUACGGCUGCUUCGUACUUCACAAUGAUGCAACAAAUGAGCUCAUCGGACGCAUGAAUGCAUUUUGCCUUUCAGACAAACAUGCAACCACUGUUUAUAAUAAUUACAAACUGAAUUUCUGGGACGCCGAAUACGAUGAUUUCGGAUCGAAGGUUCUCGACGAUUGUGAAAAAAAGUGUGUUCUCUUUGUGUUCACGUUUACGGCAUUCGCUCAAGGCACUGCUUGGAGUUAUAUGUUAACACCGAUUAUUGAUAAUAUUGGUAAAAAUGACACGGACAGAAAGUUCCCCUUCAAUAUCUGGCUCAACAUAAUACCAUAUUCAGAGACACCGUACUUUGAAAUUCUCUUCUUCAUAGAGGCACUUUCGCUCUAUCACUCUGGGAUCUGUUACUUCUGUUUCGACAAUCUUCUGUGUAUUUUAAAUAUCCAUGUUACUGGACAAUUCCGUAUUCUGCAUCAUCGUUUUGAAAGAAUAUGUGAUAUAACCAUCAAGCCCGAAUCGUACAAAAGCGAAAAAACUGAGAUCAAAAACGAUGAUUAUCUACGGGACUCGCGGAGUUCAUUGAGAGAGCUCGACGAAUGUAUCAGACAGCAUCAAUCGUUAAUAAGCUUUGUCGAAGAUAUAGAAGCCGUUUACACGCUGAUAAUACUCGCCCAAGUGCUGUUGUUCAGCAUUCUCAUUUGUCUCGUCAGUUAUCAGGCAUUUUUGGUCGGAGGGCCUUUUUUGCGAAGGAUAAUUUUUUUGGCACACAGCUCCGGUACUUUUACUCAACUGUUUAUGUUCACCCUCACCUGUCAGGAACUGCGAGAUGGUAGUAUUGAAGUCGCAGAUGCCAUAUACAAAUCAAGGUGGCACCUCCUGCCAGGAAAUGAUGUGUUUACCCAGAGACUGCGGAAGAAUAUCAUACUUAUUUUGAUGAGAACACGACGUCCAUGCUGUCUCACCGCAUUCGGAUACUUUCCGAUAACUCUGGAAACUUUUAUGACAAUAAAUAGCACUGCAGUCUCGUAUUUAACGCUUCUGAAACAGUCUGCUGAAAACUGAAAAAAGACUACGAUCUGGAUGAAAUUUCGACUGCCACCCAGGAG